CUGCUGGUUUGAGGAAUGUUAAAAGUAAAGUAAAAGUUUCCCCUGAAGGAAGAGGCGAAGAAAGACCCCGGGCUCGAGCUUCAAAAGAAGCAUCUCCUGGCACUUUGAAGUCUGGCACUAUUGGGACCGAAAGUGCCCCGUGCCCAACACUUUGGGCCACAGCCUCUCAAAGGCCCAAGCCAAGGAUGUCCACGCAGCUGGCCCUGGCGGGAGCUCCCUUUCUACUGAUAUUCCUGACCCAAGUCGUGACCCCCACAUGGUAUGGAGGAUCGGGUUACUAUCCUGAUGAAAGCUACAACGAAGUGUCUGUUGAAAUGCCCCCUCAGGUCCCUGCUCUGGACUACCGAGUGCCUCGGUGGUGUUACACUUUGAAUAUCCAAGAUGGAGAAGCCACUUGCUACUCCCCAAGGGGAGGCAACUAUCACAGCAGCUUGGGCACCCGGUGUGAGCUGUCUUGUGACAGGGGCUAUAGGCUGAUCGGCCGGAGGUCUGUGAACUGCCUGCCAAGCCGGCGCUGGUCUGGAACAGCCUACUGCAGACAGGUGAGAUGUCCCGUGCUACCACUGCUCACCAGUGGCACCUACAGCUGCACAAAUGGCAUCCUGCUAGAUUCCCGCUGUGACUACAGCUGUGCCAGUGGCUACCAUUUGGAAGGGGACCGCAGCCGAAUCUGCAUGGAGGACGGGAGGUGGAGUGGAGGCGAGCCUGUAUGCGUAGACAUAGAUCCCCCCAAGAUUCGCUGUCCCCACUCCCGUGAGAAGAUGGCUGAACCAGAGAAGCUGACUGCCAGGGUGUACUGGGACCCACCUGUGGUGAAAGACUCUGCAGAUGGCACCAUCACCAGGGUGACCUUGAGGGGACCUGAACCAGGGUCUCGGUUUCCUGAAGGAGAACAUGUAAUUCGGUACACUGCCUAUGACCGUGCCUACAACCGGGCUAGCUGCAAGUUCAUCGUCAAGGUGCAAGUGAGACGCUGCCCUACUUUGAAGCCGCCUCAGCAUGGCUACCUUACCUGCACCUCAGCAGGGGACAACUACGGGGCCAUAUGCGAGUAUCAGUGUGAUGGGGGCUAUGAGCGCCAGGGGACCCCCUCCCGAGUCUGCCAGUCUAGCCGCCAGUGGUCAGGAUCCCAGCCCAUCUGUACCCCCAUGAAGAUUAACGUCAAUGUCAACUCAGCAGCAGCCCUAUUGAACCAGUUCUACGAGAAACGACGACUCCUCAUCGUCUCCUCUCCUGACCCUUCCAAUCGGUACUACAAAAUGCAGAUCUCCAUGUUACAGCAAUCCACCUGCGGGCUGGAUCUCCGCCAUGUGACCAUCAUCGAGCUAGUGGGGCAGCCUCCUCAGGAAGUGGGACGCAUCCGGGAACAGCUGCUGUCGGCCAGCAUCAUAGAGGAGCUCAGGCAAUUUCAGCACCUCACCAGAUCCUACUUCAACAUGGUGCUAAUUGAUAAGCUGGGUGUGGACCGGGAGCGUUACAUGGAACCAGUUACCCCUGACGAAAUCUUCACCUUUAUUGAUGACUACCUUCUGAGCAACCAGGAGCUGGAGCAGCGCCGGAAGCAUCGAGAUGUAUGUGAAUGAAGCUGAGCCAGGACACAGGGAGUGCAUAAGGCAGCCUGGCUUUUAAAGAACUCUGGACUCCAGAAAAUAAAGAGAUAGGGAGCUUAUUCCAUUUGGGUGAAAUGGGGGCCCUACAAAUGGGGGGGGGCUGGUCACCAACACAUCUAAAACCAUGUGCCACACCCACCCGCAGGGAUCUGGGGUGGGUGAAGUUAUUUAGUCCCAUCAGGUUCAGCAGUGGAGAUUGCCUGGGCAGCACCAGAGCACAGGGAACUUGGGCAUUCCAUAAAAAUACAAGAUCCAUGGGUAGUGUUCUUUUCUCUGCCUUCCGUCCCCUCAACCUUCAGGCUCCCAGAAGUUCAUAAACUCCUAUGUUCAUUCACCAACAGAAUGUGUGUUGUAAAUGGUUCUCUUGCCCAGAUAGUACAACUGAAGGCAACACCAUCAGCAAAAUCAACCCCGCUUCCCUUCAGAUGGCCCAGGGGAGGGAGGGAAGGGAAGGGAAGGGGGUGGGACUGAAGGGCAUGUAUGGCACCGAUUUUGCCAGUCUUUCAGUUUUCCUUCCCAGUGCUUCUCCCUUUGCCUUAGCCUCAGAUACUGCUAUCCUCUAGGUUCAUCUUACCCAGUGUGUCCUGGUGGCUUGCUAGUUAGCCAUGGGCUAGUCUUCCUGCUCUUCUAGCCCCCACCAAAGUUGAUGUACAACAAACUUCAGCUUCUCUUCCUGCUGCUCCCUCCAAGGGCCCCAUGAAAAUUGUCAGACAUAGAUGGAUAUGUCAGACAUAGGUUCACUUUUCCAAGCUAGAUCCAGUGCAAGUCAGGGCUAACUAAGAACAGUACAGUCAAGCUGUGAGAACCAGAAAUGGGGGGGUGGGUGGAGAAAGGCCUUUCUCCCUCCCCCCUUUUAUGUACUGCCAUUGCUCAGACUUCAGCUCCAGAGUUCUUCUGCUGCUGCUCAGACACUUUCCUUAAUUUCUGUUAUGGCUCAAAGACCAAUAACACGCCAGGUAACCGGGGGCCUUCUCCUUCAGUGUCUUUGUUCAGUUUGAAGGGGCACCUGAAGGAAAGGUGGUGGGACUUAUUGACCAAACCAAGACCCUGCUUGUCACACAAAGCUAAAAGCACCAAUAGCCUGGCUUUCAACACAAAUAUAUGUCCCAAGGUGGCCUCAGGGAACAGGGGGAAGUUAAAUAUGGUUUUAACUUAGGAUAUUUAUUGCUCAAAGCAGGGCCCUGGAGUAUAACUAGAGGACCCCAAAAGCAUCCAGAUGAGGUGGGGGGAAAAGUCCAAUUCUGGGCUUUGCCUGGUGGGCAGGGAACACAGGCUCCUGGCCCUAAGCCAGGAAAGCAGAAAGCACUGUUUGUUUACACAAGAGUUUUAGGAGAAACCUUAUUGUAAAAUCUUAGCAAAGCUAAGUUGUUGCUGAGUGGAAUGUGACAAUGGGACCGGCAAGAAAGCUUAAAAGGUCAGUGCAGAAGCACCACCUCAGCAAGAAAAAGUGGGCAGGUUAUAUCUUAGAACAUGCAAAGUGCAAGAGAGUUCCACGUGGAAAACAUCCAGAAAGACCGGACCUUCCAGUUCUGAAGGUCAGGGUCAGACAGGGAGUGAGAGCAACGCCUUUGCCUAUAGCAGAGCUGGAUUUCAAUUGGCAGACCAGAACUGCCUGGCAUGAAGCUAGAUAGCAUAACAGGACCAAGAAACUGUGUGCCAAGUCCCACCCAGUAGCUGACUGAAGCCACGUUCAGGGGGUGGCUCCCUAAUCAUAUUCUCCAAGGAGGAAAAGGUGUUACAAAGGAAUAGUGCCUGUUAGCUUUGAUUACUCCCAGAAGAUCCCCUCUGCCCUGCUGUAGCCCUUGGGUAAGAGUUGAUCAGAUUCUCUCUCGAAAGACGAUCCAAAUGCAUUUUUUGAAAUCCCCAGUCCUUUCUGGUGGGGAGCCAACCAGUGGGGUCCAACCCAGCUCUCUAUCCAAAGAUGCCAUUAUUAUCAUCAGCUACUUCAGAUAGGACUGUUGGCUUUCAGUUUAAGGUUCACUGAGUGCUUUCCUCCUAUAAACCCAUGAAGUAGGAAAUGCAGAAUCCCAGUUUUACAGAAGAGUAGAAACCAAAGUACUUAGAAGUUAAGUGAUUGCCAUGCCUUUGAUAUGACCAAAUUUGUGAGGCAAAAUCUGAACCCAGGUCUCCUAACUCCAGUGCUUUCUGCUGCCACUGGCUGGCUCUCUAAGACAACAUACCAGGCUUAGAGCCAAGCCAUAAACCUAGCCCUAGCUUCAUGCAUACUCAAUGCCAAUUUAUGUCAUACACAGAUCUAUAAGUUAAGAAGUUGAUUGGAUAU